GCUUGUAUUUAACACCGCCGUGUCUGGACGCACAGCUAGUGCAGGAGCUCUACAUUUACUAGACCAUAUACCUCUUUACCCAUUUAAUACUAUAUGUCUUAAGAAGAUGGAUAAAUAGGACCACUCUUUUAAUAGAAGUUAAACGAAGCCCGACCAGAGGCACGUGACUGACUGAUUGCCCUCACUGAGUGUAGCAUGAAUCAAUAUCAACAGCAGCCUGGUCGAUCCAACCUGUACAGCGCUGUGAAAGCUGAGAGUUCACCAACUCCAACUCUCGCCACUAGCAUGGCCAACAGCGCUGCAGUACCAGGAAAAGGCCUGGGCACACCUGGGCCUGCUGGGAGAGUGAGUCCCGAGGGAUCUCAGGUGCUCAGUAAAAAGAAACUGCAGGACCUUGUGCGGGAAAUCGACCCCAACGAGCAGCUUGAUGAAGAUGUUGAGGAGAUGUUGCUGCAAGUUGCUGAUGAUUUUAUAGAGAGCGUUGUGACCGCGGCCUGUCAGCUCGCUCGUCAUCGCAAGUCUAACACUCUGGAAGUAAAGGAUGUGCAGCUACACCUUGAGCGUCAGUGGAACAUGUGGAUCCCCGGCUUCGGCUCAGACGAAAUCCGACCGUACAAAAAGGCGUGCACUACAGAAGCACACAAACAGAGAAUGGCACUGAUUCGGAAGACAACCAAAAAAUAAGAAGAAUGCAGAAGGCUCAGAUUUCUUUUGCCUUUUUUAUUUGUUUAUGGGGUUUGGCUUCGAGGAGAAUAAAAGAAAAAGGCAGCCUGA